CCCUUUUGGGUGAAGAGAACGGAAGAGUAAAUUUUUAGCGUGCUCCAGAAAUUGCUGGGAAUCUCCGUCUUUUGUUGGUAGAGCCGCUCGACCUUUGACCUCCGCAGGACCACCUUGUUCUUGCUCUGUCGGAUUACGUCUGAGCAUACGUUCUUGUAAGACUCGAACGGCAUGAAAACGGAGUUGAAGAACUCCCGCUGGAAGUACCAGGCCUGGUCGAUGAACACCUCGACACACAUCCGGAUGCAUGCGCAGAGGUACAGGAGAUCGUUUGGAGCGUCGAGGUUGCAGAUGAAGACGUACCCGCCCUCCUUCACGGGGAGGUUGUAGUUCUGUCUCAUCGUCUCGCGAAUGGCCGUGUUGAGGUGCUGCACACACUGGAUGAUCCUGCUUUCCUCCACUUGCAGUUCCGACUUGGUGUACAUCCCCACUACGAUGAUGCGUCGAAUGUCGGCAGGUUUCACGUGCGAAUGGAUCAGCCGGAGCCAGAAAAACAGGUUCUCGUACUGGAUUAGCGGGUCGGCCACGAUGUCUUCCAGCCCGAUGGCGAUCAGGUAGAUGCCGUUUGGUUUGAGGAAGAGGUGGGCGAGGUUACGGUCCACAGACUGACGCAGGACGUGGAGGAUGUACUGAGGAGACCCGAUGUCAGGGUGGGUGCUACCAUAUCUCUUCACCGUUGGCGGGUGGAGACUCGGGCUGAGGGUUUCCUCGUCUGUUCGGUCGAAAUCGGGUAGGAAGUUCGAGUCGACUUUGAACCGGUUCUGCGGGACAGCUGCUCGCUCGAUGAACUCGUCCGUUUCGAUGAACUCUGGCGGAAGAAACAUGUUGCCAGCCGACUUCUUCUUUAUCUGGGUGACCCCUCUCUUGACGACAUCUAACGAGCUCAGGUUGUCACUGGAAGAGAUGGCAACCGGCUCGCUCUUCUGUCUCGUGUACCCAUGGUCACCUCCGCCCAUAGCUCCACUCAGUGACCUCGAGGGUGCCGCCAUUGGCGACAUGAACAUGAGGGGCGUGGUCGAACUAUCUGAGCGUGCCCCGGGGCUCGGCAGGGCGAUGCUGGAACUAGGGGACUCUUCGUUUUUGAGUCUACAAAACAAAUCCUUCUGGAGGGAGUAAUUAUCUCCCAGGAUAUACAGGGGCAUGGGGAUUACCUCAAGAGCGUCGGAGCCCCUGCGGACUUGCACGGCCUUCGUGGCAGAGUAGGUCGAGGACCGAUUCGGGAGAGCUUGAAGAAGCCGUCGCUGGCGAGGGUGGAUGUAGCGAACGAGUAGCUGGAUGCGGUGGUGGGGGAGAGUGCGAAAGAUUUCCGUGACGCGAUCGAUGGGGAGGCCGUCGAGGAAGACGCCGUUCACGAACUGGAUGUGUGUGUAUUUGCCCAGCUUGUUCUGUAGCUCGGGGAGACAGUCCUCAUUGAAGCUCUUGAUGAGCACGAUACGCGAAAACAUCGAAUCGUGGGACAUCUCUCUGGUCAUGAUGGAGAGACCAAGUGACUGGUCUUUCCAGACCUCAAGCAACUUUGGUUCUACACUCCAGUAGACGUUGUCAUCGGCUGAUGCAACUGGAGCUGCACCUGAAAAAAUGGCAAGGGCGGUCUGUGCAAGACGUGGAAGGUCACCAGGCUGCUGGAGAGGUAGAUGCACAAACCGAUCAAGAAAGUGGCCCUUUCUAUCUGUCUUCCCGCGGCCCGGCGUCGGGUUGACAACCACCACCGUCGACAGCUUGCGGUUCUCGCGCGACAUCAGCGUCUCUUCCCGACUUGUUGCGUCCAGGCUCGUGGACUUGCCCUUGCGCGUCGUCCCUCGCUUCUUGGUCUGCGGUAUACCCACGAAUAUGAGGUGUGUGUGGCGAACGGACGCGUCCAGCCAGCCGGGGUCGUCAUAGUUUAUGAUCUCUGUCGCGGUGAAGUAGAGACUUGUUCGGUAGUGGCCCUUGAUGUUGCUCGCGAGCUGCUUGUAGUACGUGCUCUUCUCCGAGUACAGGACGCCUAUGGAACCGUGGAAGUUUUUCACCAGGAUGUCCAUUCGGUCCGGAUCGAUGUCCUGGAAGCUGGCGCUACCGCCCAGCUCGGAAGUCGCGGAGCCGAUGGGCGUCGGAGUGCCCCCCGGCUGGUGGGAGCGGUAGCUCGGCGGCUGGGAGAAUGAGUAGCUGGGCGGACCCGCGCCUGGGGUUGCCAUAUCGAAGAGUCUUCUCGGGAGACGACGUCGAUGAUGCUGCAGCUCUCGGUAGCGGUGCGCAGUAGUGUAGGACGACGGGAGCGGGUUGUGAGAGGUCAUGCACCUUUCUUUCUCUAAUUAACCGACACAAAGUAAUUUCGAAACCCAGAAAAUGGCAGAGAAAGCAGCGAGCGGCCCCCGGCCCGCUGGAAGGCCCGUGUCCUCGAGACGGAGCGGUAGAGUGGAAGAGAAACUGAAGCAGAAGAUCCGAGACAAGGAGUACUACGAGGCCCACCAGACCUACCGCGUCCUCUUCCAGCGAUACAAGGCGCAGGGGAAGGAAAACGAAGCUUUGGAGCUAGUCUACAACGGAGCACUUCUGUUGCUACAGCAUGGACAGUUGAGCAGUGGUAGUGACCUGGGAAUGCUGCUGGUGCAACACCUAAAAGAUAAGAAGACACCGGUCAGAGAUGAGUUGCUAGAGAAGAUUGGCAUUCUGUUUGGUAGCUACACAGGAAGGACUGCCUUGACAGAGUCAAGUGGCCUUCCUGAGACAGAGUCAAGUGGAGCUAUGGACUCCACCAAUUGUGCAGAACCAGCUGCCCCAGGAGUAUUACAGGUAAUUCCAGAAGUGGACGGCAGAGAAGCAUUCCUGCGAGCAGCUCUAAAGUGGAGCAAUAUGGUGGCAGAUGAGGAGCAGUGGAAAUACGGACACCCCAAGCUGCACAAAAUGGCAGCCAGCACUUACUGGAGAGAAAGGCAGUAUGUCAAGGCAAGGGAGCAUUUCCUGUACGCAGAACAGCCUCAAGAGUUUGGAAACAUGCUCGUUGAACUCGCCAUGACCUUUGGCUACAGCGGAGAAGCCGAUCUUUUCAUUGCACAGGCCGUCUUACAGAUGCUGGUACUGAAGGACAGAAAGGGAGGGCUGGCAGUGUUCAACACCUACACCAGAAAACACCCGAAGUUCAAGACAGACAAUCCUCCGUAUCUCCACCACCCCACACUCAACUUUGUCUGGUUCCUCCUCUGCGCCUGCAAAGAUCGCAGUAGAGAGGUGUUUCAGUGCCUUCGGAACAACUACUCACCAACUAUCAACAGAGACCCCUCCUUCAAUGAGUACCUGGACAAGAUAGGGGAGGCGUGGUUUGCACCGCCCAAUCAGGCUCGACCGGCCGGCACUACCACGGGCCCCUCGGGGGGGAUUUUCAGUGGUCUGGGGGGCACUGGAGGACUCCUGGAGGGGAUCUUGAACUCAAUAUCCAGUGUUCUACCACAGGCAGCCGGAGCUGCUGUGUCUGCCGCUGCCGCGGGGGGUCAGGGUUCGUCUGGACCCCCGCCUAUGAAUUUCACGGUCCCCUCGUCAACGGGAACCACCCACAUUCAUGUCGGGACAAUGCCGACCCCCGAGACCGCAGAACCCCCUCACAUGGGGGCCUACAUUGGGGAAAUUCCAUUUCCGUUCCCUGGAUUUCCCAUCGAACAUCCGGUUUGGACCCCCACAAGUUGAUAUUCACUUUGGCCCCCCUCGUCCAAGUAAUCAAGCCCCCCAGAGAAACAAUCAAAGAGCAAGGGCCCCCCAACAGGGUUAUACCUAUACCCCCAGAGCUAACAACCCCCCACAAGGGGCCAUUAGAGUUAGGGGACCCCUACAAUCUAGGGGUAAUAUUCAAUUUGGUGGAACCCCACAAGCAGGGGGAAACAUCAGAUUCGGGCACCCUCAACCGGGCCAAAUUCAAGUGGUGGGGAUUCGAAUGGAGGGGGUCCCAAUUCAGGUCCCCGCAGGGGGGUUGGUGAUGGGAGGGGGAAUUGGGGGACAAGGGGGCCCAAUAAUUACCCCCCAACAGCAGCAGCUCUACCAACAGCACACCCCAGCAGACAUCAGCAGGGGCCAGAUCUGAGGGGCCACCGCCACAAAAUUCGACAACUGAGGGGAACCAGCAACAGUGGGAUUUUGAAGUGGAACCCACGAAUCCUCCGCCACAAGAUGAAAGAUAUGGAGUUGGAUUGACAGCGGAAAUUUCCUAGGAGACUGGAUGUUAGGGUGUCAUUGUUUUGAAGCCACUGAAAAUGCAUUAAACGUUGCAAUAAUUAGCGCAUGCAUCAAGCAACGUCCAAUUGAAGGAACUUGUAAUAAUACACAACAUGAAAUUGUGCAGCGUCCUUAGGGACGAGCUUUAGCAAUGAAUUUGGCUGUACAAUCACGUUACGUCACGGGGGAAGACAAUGUUUUCAUGAAGAUGACUGCCUGUGUUUCUUUUUCUGGUGCUUGUGCUUGUGCCUCUUCCUCUCCUUCUCCCCCUCCCUCCCCCUCUCAUUGUGCCUAUGGUGCCCUGCCAAGGACAACACC